AUGGCACCACGACAACCUCACAGAAAGCGCCGCAACUCCAGGACUCCAUCCCAGGGCCCGCGCACUCCGUCUCCAGAAUCUACCACUACAGGCUCUUCACUCCAUCAAACUCCUUGGUCUUUCGAUUUCGAAGAUCAAGAUGCGACAAGCCGGUCCAGUACUCGUUCCCCAAAAUCUUCCUCUUUCGACACCGCAAGCUCUUCCAACACCAGUUGGCCCUCCUCUGGGUCUUCGAACCCAUCCAUGGCGGACAUAGAAACGUUUGAGAUGAAUGUUGAAGAUUCUUCUGCCUCUCUUCUGAAUGAUGCAGAUGCAUCUACAUCUGGGAUUAAUGCCCAGAUGCCAGCUGAUCGCGCGAAGCCUGAGGAUAAGACAGAUGAUCAGGGGUACGUGCUGGAAACGAUUCUGCUCAAUCAUCUCAAAUUCCUAUGGGGUUGCCUUCGGUUCAUUGCUAGCUAUUGGAAGGCUAUUGGAUCUCUCCUGCUAACCAUCAUACUUGUUGCUAUAUACUUCGGCAUUCAGUACUUCGACGAGUGUAAUGCAUUUUUGGCGCAAAACGAUCUACCUGUCAUGCCAACCUUGGAAGACCUCAACACUAUGGUCGGGUAUGACCUCUUUGUGUACUUUACUGCAGGCUUCAUCAUCAUUAUUCUCGGCCUUGCUGCCUGGUGCAGUGUCGAUUGGAAGAGGAUGGUGUCGACGGAGACUCGCCGCUUUGUAUCCUUUUGCCUGGCACAGCUGAAGAACUUCGGGUCUUGGAUUCUCAGAGGCAUUUCAUCGCUAUUACAUACGUUGGUGAUCGACCCCUUGACUGCAUUCUUUUGGCGAGUCGUUUCAAUCCCUCGGGCAGUGGUGUCUUGGUUCUUGAGCCUCAUUAUGUGGAGCAUCAAUAAGGGAGACGAGAUUUGCCGUCGACGAUUCCUCUUCAUCCUUGCCAUGAUAGGUCUCUUUGCUCAUUGGCUCUGGGGAAGGGCUUACCCUCUCAACCCAGUCGAGCAGCUGGCAGCCUUCGCCGCCAGGCAUCGAGGCAAUGAUAUCUUGGCCUUUUGUAUCUUCCAGAUAAGCUACUAUGUUGCUUACUACUACUUUUCCUGGGUUCAGUAUUUCUUCCCUGCCAAGUAUGAGUACAACAUCUGGGAUGACCAAGUAGUACAAUUUAUUGCUUGCUUGGUUCUGGUUAUUGCUGGUCUCGCUUUGGUGAUCGGAAAGAUAUUUGAUAUUGUCAUGCGGGAUACAGAAGAUGUCAAGAAGAUGCAAGACAUUUAA